UGAACUUCUUUAUGAAAUAAGUCAAAAAGAAUAUAAAAAUGAAACAAAUACUUAUCCACAAAAUUCUACUAUCAAAUAUAAAGGUUUUGGUCAAAGUAUGAUUUAUAGAAUUAUUUCUGAAGGAAAAUAUCCUUUAGAUAACAAGCUUGCUUAUACUAAAAAACUGUUUCAAUAUAAAAUACCAAACGAUUAUAAAGUUGAAGCUACUUAUGGUAAAAAAAUACAAAAAACUAUUAUUUGUUCAAUUAAAUAUUAUAGUCAAAAACCUGUAUUUCGUAUUAAAUAUGGAGAAAAUCCAGUUGAACAAGUUGAAUCUGACAAAAGUGCAUCUGCAGUAGUAAAUGCAUAUCAAGCAGUAAUAUCUAGUGUAUUACUAUUAGCAGAAAUUGAUCUGAAUCAAAAAAUAGUUAAAAAUAAAGGAAUGAAGUGGAAUGGGACUCUUUUGUUCGGAUUACAAUUACAACAAAUAAAAGAAGUUUGUGAAGCCUGUCAAAUUGCAAGAAGAAUUAAACCAUAUUCAUUAUUGAGUAAUUCUGAACAAAGAAAUCGUAGUAAAAAAGGAGCUUUAUCUUUUCAAAGUUCUUUUAAUGAAACAAUUAAAACAGUAUUUCAUUCAGAUGAUCAUGUAGUCUUACAUGAAAUGGCUUUUUCAAUUAAUGAUAAUAAUUAUAGAUUUGCUUUUAAGGAUCUGAUUAACUUAGAUAAUAAACUUGCUAGAAUCUCUCAUGAUCUUCCUUGUGAAUGGGCUGUAUCUAGUAUGAAACAAAAAAUUACAAAUGAAAUUAACAAUUAUAUAAAGGUUGCACUUUUUAAUUUGGAAUUUAAAUUUCAAGAUAAUGAUGAGAAUUACGAUGAGCAUAUUACUGAUCAUGAAAUUAUAGAAACUGUUACAAAUUCAAUUAAAAAAGCACAAAUAAUUCAACAAUUAUGGAAUAGUUUCGCACAAUUAUAUGAUGCACUAAAAGAUCCUCAAAUUACUGGUACCGA